UCGACGCUGGUACCGCUCUACAAGCACCUGAUCAGAAGAGAAGACAGAUGAUAAACAAGUACUAAUACAGACCACUUUGCACAACACAGAGUGGAUAUCCGUCGGCCGAGCCUCGCCGACACCCUGCAGCUCUUAUGCUAAACACGGCAUGGCAGAGAGACCGGACAAUGAGGUGGAGGAGGCUGACCACAUCUACCUGCUCAUGAAAGAGGACUACCGGAUCUCUAGGAAUGUGCGACUGGCGUGGUUUCUUAGUAAACUUAACCAAAUCAUCUGUCCGGCUUCAAAGCCUGAAGUGCUGCACUCUGAAAAUGAACUGGACCUGCUUAGCAUCUUACCUAAAGGAUGGCAGCCAGAUAUCUCCCCAACUUCACACCCAUGCAUACUGAUGCCUUCCACCCGGGCCACCUUCCUGGCCCGGAGGUACCGCUUCAUCAUCGAGCUGGACCUGAGUCCCUCCACAGGGAUUGUGGAUGACAGCACAGGCGAGAUGAUCUUUGAUGAGGUCUUCCACGCCUUGUCCAGGUGUCUGGCUGGUCUGGUUCAACCAUUCAGAGUCCCUGGAACAGAUCGAUUUUUCAAGCCUAAGAUCUUCAUCACCAUCCUUGCAUAUUCCUCCAUCAUUGGCCUCCCUUCACAUCAGGUUUUGGUCCAAGGAUGCCAGCUUGAUAAAACAGACCUGGAUGAGUUCUUGCAUCACAUCUACCAGCAGCUCAGAGCGUUGGAGAGUAGCAUCGCAGAAGUCCUGCAUCAGCAGCACGAACAGUGCGUGGAGCCGUCACAGAACUCAAGUGACCAGAGCAGCGGCUUGGACGAGCACCCCCACCGGACGCAAAGUGUUUCCAUGGUGUCAGCUGAAAUGGGGCUGGUCAGCAUGGUACGCCAGGGCAUCCUGGCCCUUCAGCUGCUGCCUCCCAACUCCAGUGCAGGCAUCAUUAUAAUCACGGACGGGGUCACGAGUGUUCCUGAUGUGGCCAUGUGUGAAACCCUGCUGAACCAGCUCCGGAGUGGAACCAUCUCCUGCUCCUUUGUACAAGUUGGCGGGGCGUACUCCUACGACUGCAGCUUUGGCUAUAUCCCCAACGUCGAGCUGAUGAAGUUCAUCUCAUUAGCCACUUUUGGCUCCUACCUGCCCAGCUGUCCUGAAGUGGACCUAAACAGCGAGGAGAUGAAUGCCUACCACAAAGCAUUUCUAACAUACUCCUUCCUCAAGAGCCCCGAGUCCAUGAACUCAGAGUAUUUCUGUGUUUCCCAGCACAAGCUGUUCAACGAGCACCUGGUGUCGGCCAGUGGAAACCCUGCUCUGGUCAUGAGGAGGAAGAAGCACACGGAGAAGGAGGUGCAUGCUCAUCUAAUCAGCGUGCUGUCUGUGAGACUGAGAGAGGGCUACACCAUCACUGACAUCAGCCUCACUAAAGGUGGGACUCAGCUGGAGGUGAAGCUCGUGCUCUUAUGGAAACACAACAUGCACAUUGAGUAUCUCGCGGCUGCCUCCUGGCCACUGGACCCCUCCAAGAGAACCACCAGAGUGGAGGUGACGAUGGAGGGGAGCUACGACAUCUUGCACGACAUCAGCUGCACCCAGAGGAAACCCAUCACCAGCCAGUACCGCACCUCUGUCAUCCGGCGCUUCUGGAACACACUGCAGAGCAUCAACCAAACUGAUCAGAUGUUGGUGCACCUGCAGUCGUUUAACUCGAUGCCUGAGAACUACAUGAUUCCUGAGAGCACCAAAAAUGGAGUUCCCCUGUUCUACAUCCCUCCUGGCUCCACCACUCCGGUCUUGUCUCUGCAGCACAGUGGAUCCAAAGAUUCCUCUCAGUCCCAGUUUGCAUCAUACUGGAAGCCCAUCCUCUCCAUGGACGCCAACUUCUGGCAGAGAUGGCUACACAUGCAUCGCAUUGUCAUCAUCCUUGAGCAUGAUAUGCCUGUCCCCAAACAUCUGCACACACCUGGGAACAACGGGCGCUACAGCACCAUCCAGUGUCGCAUCUCCCACUCGGCCCUCACGUCACUGCUGAGGGACUGCAGCAGCUUCGUGCUGGUGGAGGGUUACUCGUAUGUAAAACUCAUAUACAGCAGCUCUUCUGAUCAGCCUCCCACCUCCUUCUACUUGGUGCGUGUCAUCUCAAAGACCCCCUGCAUGGUCCUGCGUCUGGGUUUCCCCAUCGGCACACCGGCCCACAUUAGGAACAAGAUUGUGGAUGAGCUGCGAGAGCAGAUCCUCAAGCUUCGCUUCCCUCAUCGUGUUCAGAACAAAGAGGCAACACCCAAAACCAAGAGGAAGGCUGUGGGCCACCCGUCUCCAUCCAAGUCUCCCUCCAUCCCUGCUCCCAAGCCUGCGCUCUCUGACAGACCCUGUGUGGUGGUGGUCAGUAAGCCUCUGGAAAAGCUGCUAAUCAGGUAUGACAAGCUUCCUCUAGACUUCAGGACUCCCUUCAUCUUCAACAUGGAGACCUUCCCACUGCCCUCCAACACCGCUGCACCCCUCAGCGUGGCAGCAAACCGCACAGCCUCCUCGACGCUGGCCUCUCUGUCACGUUACUUCCUGCACCAGCGUUGGGUGUGGGCCGUGCAGAGCAGCCAGGGACCGGCUGUAGCCAUGCAGGCUGUUGCCCAUAUCCUGUCCGUGCUCUCGGAGAUCCGCCUGUCAGAAGGCUUCAACUUUGCUGCCAGUGGCGAGGGCAUUAUAAACCUGGUGAUCGAGCUGCCAAUGAAGGGAACAUCAGGAGACGUGGACAGAGAGAGUCACUCUUGUAUUGUUCAGUAUAUCCUGUUUCCCCCUCACUCUACCUCAACGAAGGACAGCUUCUCCACCGACGACGACAAUGACACCGAGGUGGAGGCAGUCGACCUGGACACGGAGCUGAACCUCGUGACCGAAUGCUGGGUGGAACCGCAGUGCGGCACGGUGAACUGCACGGAUCAGCACCGCUCCUUUCAGGGCCUUAAGUACCAGGAGCUCCCUCGAGCAAUCUUCCCGAGGGACUUGGCCUGCAUGUCCACCAUGAUGACCUUUGAAUAUCUGAGCCAGCUGUGUCAGAAUAAGGAUCAGGUCUGCUCUCUGCCAGCUGGACUCAAGGAUGCACAAGGAGAACAUCUGGUCUCUGAGGAGAGCAUCCACAUGGUCCCUUUCCAGUUUGACCUCAUUAAGCUGCUCCCAAAAUGCCAGCAGGUUGAGCUGUUUUUCGUCACAUUCAGCACAGCGACGGGGAGUGAGGAGCAGAUGAACAGCUCCCACUGCCUGCCCAAUGAGCUCCUGCUCAGCCUCUUCCACACCAGCCUGGAGAACGAGCUGAGUGACAGAGAGAUCCCGUUAGCUGACGGGGACCACGUCGCCUUCAUGCAUCACAUCUUGGAGCGGGAACGAGACGGCCACGUCGCUCCUUUCUCCCUGCCGGUUAUUAAAGAGGAGUGCGUCAAGCCUCCAGAGAAACAGGACACGGUGACGUCAUUCUACACGGCCGGCAGCAGCAGAGAGGUGAUGGGGUCAACCAGCACUUUACAGAGUUUCAGCAAUGCAGACCUUGUGGAUGAAGAGCCCCUGUUGUUGGAGAGCAGCUGCUCUGCGCCACAGUGGAGAUGUUAUGCCAAGUGCAUCAGCUCCCAGCAUCUAAUCCUCACCUUCCUUCCUGCUACCUUCACAGAUGUUCUGAUGUUGAUGGCUUCAGGAGAGACCGAGCCUCGGAGUAAUGUGAGCACACAGGAGGACGACGCUUUGACCCCCAGCAACAAAUCUCAGGCUGACUCUUUGUCUGGAUCCACUGGUGGCUUUGAAGGGUCCGAGUCUGGACUCAGCCUGCGCUCUAGUCGGCGACUGAGCUCCAGCACCGCCAGGUCCCCUGUGCUCUCAUCUCCAUCUGAUGGCCAGACUGGAGCUGCUGACUCCCAGACCCUGGAGCAGAACAGCUGGGACAGCAGAGGCUCAGAGAUGGAGAGUUGGAUGCCGGGCUCAGAUGCUGCAGAAAAAGAAGGAGUCCACUUCUCUGAGCCACACAAGUCAGACUUCCAUAUCAGCCUCAGCAGACAGCUUUCCCAGCAGAGCACUGGUGACAGCAGCCAGCUGAAGUGUCCAGUUUACGUCUACAACUGUUCACUGGAGAAUCUGAAAGAGCAGCUGGUUCACCCAAACUCCAGCCGCCAACCCAGGGACGUCUUCUUCAGAGCCCGAGAUGCAGAGUCCUGGGAGAUGUGUCAGCAGAUGAAGUUCAGCAGGUCUCUAUCUCAGGAUCGCAGCAGUCAGUCUCCUUGGACCGACCUCCUGUCUCAGCCUCACAAACACAAGGAGCUGGCCAACUACUGCAGCAUGCUGCAGGAGCAUUACCACCAGAGCUACGUCAAAGGUGUAUACCGCAGCCUGCAGCAGUCCUACAACAUCAGCUCCCAGGACGUCCUGAUGGCGAUGGACUACUGUGAAGAAUCGCUGCAGGAGAUCGACAUCACCUCCUUCCUGCAGACGCUAUGUGGACACAUCAGGGUCUUCAGGGAACACGGCAAGACUCCAGGAUGGGGAGGAGGGCCUCUGAAAGCUUCAAGGAGCCCUGCCACGUUUAUCCUUGGUGAAGCUGAGGGGGAGCAACUCGAUGAUAAAGUGGCCUCUUCAUGCAGUACUGAAGUGGAGGACACCAGUGAGGCUGAAUCCAGAGGAGUUCCUGAUUCCUCUGCUCCUACAUCUCCACCGAUCAAGGAAGAGCCCAAGAAAGGAGCGAUAGCAGAAUUCCCUCUGACGCUGCUGCAGACACAACCCGCGUGUGACGUGUAUCCAGAUCUGCACAAAAUAAUACAGGAUAAAUUCAUGGAGAUCCUUUCUCAGUAUUUCAAAAGUGUUCCCUCCAACCCACACUACUUCUACUACUCUCCACCUUCAUCCAAGAAAGAGGAGUCGGAGGACGGCGAGAUGAAAAGACGGGCGAGUGAAGAGCUGCUGUCAGAAGCUGAGCCCGCCACUGAAGACGAAAAUGUGCCGUCUUCCUGCAUAAUGACGGAGAGCGACACAGAUCUGGUGGUGGAGUAUGAGGAGCACCCAGGCAGCAGCUCCCAGGGAGAGGGUGAGGACCAGUCCCUGUCUGACUCCAACACUGUGAACCAGGACCAGGACUCGUUCAGCAUCCUGGAGGGAGAGUCCCUGCUGGAGAACGAGGCCCCACAGCUGGACAUGCCACCACUGUUUGUUCACAUCACCUGCUCUGUCAACAUGAAGAGCUGCCAUGGCUCCGUGCCCAUGCAGACGCUGCCCACGUGCCUGGGUGAGGUCAUUUCCUGCCUGGAGAAUGCUGAGGCGGUGCAGUCUGUAGAUCUGAACGAACUCUCGGUCACGCUGGAUAUUUUUGUUCUGACGCUGCCUCUGGAGAUCGAAGCCAUGGCGGACUUCCAUCAUAACAGGUACACCUCAGAGAGCAGCAUGAAUCGUUCACCAGGGCAGCCCUCCUCCUAUCGCUCUGACGAGGAGCUGAUGGCCGUGCUGGACAGUCUGAGGGGAGGAGGUGUCAACGGCAUCUCUGGUGACCCCUUAUCCAAACUCCCACUUCCCCACAAGUUGGCAAUCCUGGCCACAAUGGACGAGAUCCGCUGGCUGCUGGAGGAUGAGAUCGUCUCUGCUCUGCGUCACUCUCGGGUCAUCGGCCCGGCCACGCUGCAGAAAGUGGCGGAGCACGUUUUACGCUCCAGCGGUCGACCGCACUGUCACUGUGAGGAAGUCCCGCUUCAGUUUGUCUUUGGGCCUGAACAGUCGCUGGAAAAAUUCAAAGAGGAGUUUCGUAGGAUGUCUUUCUCUGGCUAUGUGUUAAAUGGAGAACAGGCCGGCUUCUACUAUAUGUCUCUGAGCAGACUGCACCCUCAGAGGAUCCGAGAGACCGAGAGGCUGUCUGAGAGCACUGCAUCCCCCCCACAACAGCCUGCUGCCGCCACCAUAUCCUGCAGUGCUGCAGCUCAGGCGGAGACCACGACGCUCGAGAGCGAAGCAGAAGCUCAGGCCGACAGUGAGAGUGAGGACAGGAAGCCAGUCAGUGUUGCUGCUGAUGCUCUCAGUGACACGACUCCGGACGCUGGUGAAUCAGUUGCAGCCUUGAAGCCUGAAGCAGAUGACUCUGUUAGCAUGGUUGGGGACAGAGGUCAGCCCAGUACCCCCCAGCUGCAGGCAGAGAGCUGCACAGAGGCCAGCUCACCCCCAAAGACACCCUCGAGUGUCAGCCUGGCUGAGUCCGUGCAGUCGGCCUCUCACAGUGGCGGCAAACUCAGGCCGAGUCGAGUCCAGAGUGUCGUCUCCAGCCAAGGCAGCCUGGACUCAGACAUGCAGGGUUAUGAUGGUGGCAGCAGCGACUCUGAGUGUGAGAGCUCCACCCUGGAUGAACAGGAGUGCCAGGCCCGGCUUAUGCCAGACUUCUGGCUCAUUGUUAAGAUCCACCAGGACAGAGUGACGGUGUACUCCCACUCCAGAUGCUUCAGUGAGGGAAAAGAGGUCGGCACCGAGGAGCUGGAGAAGAAGGAGGAAGAGCAGGAGUUGCCUGAAUGCUUACAGCUGCAUCAAAUGGUGGUCAGGAAGAUCGGAGAAAUGUGCAGAGUUGUGAAUCAGCGUAUGCUGCUCCAGGACCUGCACGACAGCCAUCUGUGUAACAAGCUGCUGGUGGCUGAGAGUGAGGAAGACAUCUGGAAGAGUGAGCCUCACUGCAGGCAGAGGCUCAACACCGCUGAUGACUACAGCACAGAGGAGAGCUACCAGGCCAGAGAUUAUCUGGCUGCUACCAUGCAGUUUAUCCCAGGGCACUUUGCCUGCGAUGUGGUUUGGCGCACAAUCAUCCACAUUCACCCCCGCCUCAAGAUGGGACCCAACAUGGGAGUGGCCAGAGCGAUCCAGGCCCUGCGCUCUGUGUUGAAUGCCUUCUGCGUGGUCAACAGGAAGAACAUGUUUGUCUACCAGGAGCGUUCCACUAAAUCAGUCUUCUACCUCAGACUCUGUGAAACGUCACUAACAGGGAAGUACUCCGACAUGGACGGGAACCUCCACGUGCCUCGCUGCAUCGGGCUCGCCAGGAGUCAAGAGCCUUCGAUGUCCGAGGACUCUGUAGGCUCCAGGUCUUCUUUGGAGGGCUCUCGGCCAGUUGGACAAGUAGAUAAGCACAUCCUGCUGCUGGUGCAUGGAGUGGGAAGUGCAGGUCCAGAGAUCACAGACGAGCUGGUGAAGGUGCUGCGUAAGCGCCUGGAUGAAACCACCUUGGACAUCAUCACUGUCAUGCUUGUCAGGAACUGCAAGCUGACGCCAGCUGAUGUGGAGUUCAUCCAGCCGUCAGGAUCUCCAGCCACUGAGGUGAUGACCUUCAGCCUCCCCCAGUACUGUCUGCCCUGGCUGUCCGCUGUGGCUCACUACCUCAAACAGAACCUCCUCAUCUUCCUGCACGUGCCCAAGUACACGGACAUGAACACAGCACAUCACUUCAAGCACUACUUUCAUUUGAGCAGUGACACGGCUGACGGUGAUAUCUACCUCUACAAUAAGCCCGGAGGCCAGGGGACGGGAGGCAAAGGUAUCGCCUGCAUCGCCCUCUCCUUUGUCGAUGCCCACGGUCGGCCCCUUCAAGUUCCAGCUCAGGGCGGUGCCGCCCUGCAGAAGUCCGAGAACUGCUCCGUCCCCCUGCACCCGGAUCGCUUUAAUGAGCUGACCGCUGUCGUCAAAGUGGAGUCCAUCAUUAGCGGCUCAGAACCACAGCUGUAUGUCCGCUUCGACAUCUGGGAGCAAGGCAACAUUAGCCCCUUACAGCUGAGUGACAAACUGCAGGGGGCACUGCGCCACGCACUGUGUGAUGUUGUCAUGGAGCUGAGAGUAUUGCCAAACCCUCUUUGUGUCAGGGUCCUCUGCCCAGCAACGAAAGCUCAGAAAGAAGAGGCAAAAGGGCUGCUGAUUCCUUUGGCUGAGGCGAGAGAAGUGAAGGACAGCCCCAGGCAGCGCAGUGGCUCAAGGGUUUUUAAAACCAGUCCAUCUCCGAUCAGCUUAAUCCAAGCUGUAGGAGGCGCCCCCACGACAGGAAGUAGCACACCCGAGUCCACCACGCCUACUGGCAAAAGCACUCGCCGCAGCUUCUGGGACAUACUGAGUAAGCCAGACUCGGCCGAGCUCGGGAGCCCCAAGACGACAGACGACAUUGUGCAGGAGAAAGGCGAGGAGGGCCGAGCAGCGCGCCGCAGACACAAGACGGAGAAUGUAAAGCAGCAGUGGAGCCAGGACAAGACGGUGGCUGUGGAGCUAGAGCAGACCCAGAGGAGGCAGCUGUCUCAGUUUGAGGAGGGAGAUGCAGGCACUCUGGACCCCAUUUACCAAGAUAUCUGCCAGCCGUGGAUAACUUUCAUGGCCAAACUUGGUUGCCCCUCCAUUCAGCAGUGUACCACUAAAACGGCCUCACACUUCCUGCUGCCUUCCAUCUUGGCAGAGAUUGUCAGUUUGGUCAGUUCGCUGGCCGCCGACACAACAGUGAAGACAUUUCGAAAGACGAGCUGCCCCACAUCUGGAGACCAUUUUGUGCCGCUCCCUCUUGGCCAGAACCUCAGCCAACCACCGGACGCUGUGAGGAGCUUCAUUCUCAUCGGCCGCAACUUCCAUCAGUGGCACUACAGCACAGAGCAAGAAGACAGUUCAGAUGAGGAAAACAGCCCAGUGCUAAAUAGGUUCACACCUCAUAAAGGCUUCCAGCGCUUCGAUGCUCUGGAGCAGAGCGAUUCGGUCGGUCCGAGCCAGGCUGGGGUGGGAAUGGCUCCUCGCCAGAGGUUCCUCUUUAUCAGCAUCCUGGACAAAGAGGUGACGCUGUACAGCUACAACUGGUCCGUGGAUCUGGGCGCCUCUCUGAAUCGCGAGCUGGUGCGUCUGGUGAAGUGGCAGAAUGCGAGGGCUCACGUCGUCCACUGCCUGUUCAAUCAGAAGAUGGGUCUCUUCCAUCACUACUGCUUUUCCGAUGCUCCCAUCCAUGAAAUAGACUCCAAGCAGGAUCCCAACCCAUUCCUCGGUCCCUCCAUGGAGCCUGAUGCAUUGCUGCGUAGCGCAGUCCCUCCUCUGCCCAGUAAAGAGCAGGGCAGACUGGGAAACUCUGGUCGAAGUCUUGCUCCCCUCCACUUUCCCUCAGAGUUGCUUCCCUUUGAUGAAGCUCUGAGGGACGUCUGCACCAUUCGGCCUUUGAUGGACGGAGAUGUGGUGGCUCGACAUGGCAGCCAGCUGUUGGAGAUCAAAGCUGCUGAGCGGAGAGAAUUAGAGAAGCAGAUGAAGAUAGAGAACCUGUUCGUGACCUGGCAGCAGAGGUCAGCACAGUCCAACAUGCCCAUUUCAGGGACAGAUUUGGAGACUCUGAAGCAGUCGUCCCGACUGGUCCACUACUGUGCCACCCCUCUGCUCUUUGACCCCGUCUUCCGCAAGCAGAUCCAAGAGGAACAGAUUAUUCAGCCUCUAGAAAAGAAAAGGCAUCGCUCCAGUGAUUCCACGGCAUCAGGUCGGGACCGCAGCUACAGCACAGACUCAGCUGACAUGCUGCCCGGCCGACUGAAGGAAGAGUCCUGGCUGCUUGAAAUUUCCAGCACCUUCCUUCAGCAGUAUGUCCAAUACCUGCAGAGCAUGGGCUUCAUUUUGGUGCAGGUCCGGCCUCAGUCUCCAGCUCGCAGCAUCGCCCGCGCUCGUGCUGCCAUGUUGAACUCUAUGUCAUCAGAAGGCAGGAUGUCUUUUUCUUAUGUGAAGCAGAAGAGCGAGGACAGCCCUAAGACUGCGGCGUCUGGGACCACCGCAUAUCACCUGCAGAGGGCGCUGCCAGGAGGAAUCGUGUUGAUGGAACUGGCUUUUCAGGGCUGUUACUUUUGUGUGAAGCAGUAUGCACUGGAGUGUUCCCGUAUUCCCAUGGGCCAGACCGUCAACUCGCAGGGCAGCCUCCUCACCAAACCUCGUUGCAAGCCGUUUCCAGAUGCCACACCAGUAUCUGACUGUGCGCUCUCCAUGCUCUUCACUGAGGAGUGUGAUAAAGUCAGGGACACCAUGCACGUUCACUCCUUCAGCUACGACUUCCACCUGCGAGUGGUUCACCAGUACCUGGUCGGCUGCCACAUGACGCUACGGCAAGGCUACCAGCUCACCGACUUCCUGGACGACUUCAUCUCCCAUCACCCGGACAUCCCCAAGUUCGGCCGCAACCACGUCUUUCAAGGGAGCUUCUCCAUCUCCACGGGGAUGAUAACAGCUCACCAGCUCUACAACUACAUCACCGACCACGCCAGCACGUAUGGCAUGAAGCCGCUCCGCAUGUCGAAGGCUGCGGUCGCCACUGACAACAAGAAGGCGAUGCCUGACCUUCACGAGUAUGCCCUGGUGGCUCUGUGGAACAGUUCGGGCUCCUACAAGGAUCUGGACGGUCUGCCCCACCACGAUGACUUCGAUGUUUCCCUGGUGGUGUGUCACAACGCUGCUCCGUUUGAGGAGCAGUCAGACGGGGAGAGGCAUCUGCUCAGGCUACGCUUCUACGUGAUCAUGACCAGUCAGCGGGAGCUAUUCCCACGCCUCACUGCAGACAUGCGCCGCUUUAAGAAGCUUCCUCAAAUCCACCGUGAUCCCGGAGAGCUGGGGGGACGGCUCUCCCAGGAUCGAGCAGAGGCUUCUGGGUCACGUGGUUCUGAGCAGGACCUCUGGGAGGAGGGUUCGUCUGAAGCUUCAGCACCCUUGGCUCCAAGUGAUGGCAACGAGUUUUACCCUCUGACAGGCGGUGGACCAGAGGCUCAGGGGCUCCUCUACGCCUCCCCUCUGUUCCCUCUUCUCAACAACGAGGUGGCGUCUGCCCGCAGACAGAUCCAGAUCAGCGUGGAGCAGGCCAUGGGUCACUGCCGCAGGGACAACCUGUGGAGGAGGCUGUUCCACGGCGAGCAUGUGGCCCUGGAUAAACUGAAGCUGGCCAAGUUGUCGUUCAGCGAGCUGGAGGAGCUGCUGGAGGCUGUGCAGAGCCGAUCAGUGGGGGAAAUCGACCCGCAGCUGGACUGUUUCCUGACCAUGGGUCCAGCCUGGUACCAGAGUCUCAUCAAGGUCCUGCUCAGUCGCUUCCCUCAGAGCUGCAGACACUUUGACGACAACGGCAUCCAGUAUCUGGCUGUUCUGAACCAAAAGUUCACCGACUGCUUCGUUCUGGUAUUUCUGGACAACCAAGCUGGAAAAACUAGUUUAAAGGUCGUGUUUCGGGAGCCGCUGCCGUUGCAGCCGCAGGCCGGCAGCAGCCCCCCUCCUCAGCUGGUGUCCAUGUAUCAUCACCUGGAGUCUGUAAUUAACACCGCGUGCUACAAUCUGUGGACCGGACUGCUAUAGCACCCGGACCCGAGUCGUGUCUUUAACACGAGACAAAUGGAAAUGAGAAGAGAAGCUUUCUGCAUAACGCUGAGCUCACUGAGUGGGAGCAGCGACAUACUGGACUCAUGUGCAAGAAACAGUUUUAAAUGUUGAGGAUCAUAAAGUUGAGCAGACACUACGAUGGGUUCCCUCGCAGUUACUGUACGAGCCUUCAAACAGCACCUUCCUUACCACUAUUGUCAAGAGUCAGACGGGCGAUCAACAUCCAGAUAAAGAGAACUGCAGGCUGUAUGCACUUAUGGGUUGGGACAGUCCCUUUAAAUCACAACGUACAAAAUCCUGUUUAAAAAGUGAUGUUUUAGAUCUUUGUAGCAGGUGAGACAUGUCAGCAAUAUCUCACAUCCUGGAACAGAUUCAAAAAGGGGCUGAGGAUGAAGAUUUGGCCAAAGCAGCAUCACUGGCUCCUGGUUCCUCGAGGAACUUGAGGUCAUUUGCAGUUCUUGAUAAGAUAAUAUGUAGCAUAUAUCAAACUGAGUCCUACUCAGUCCAAAUACUUGGGGCGGUCUGAGCUGAGUAGGUGAGAUGAUCUACAGCUUUUCAGGGCUCAUAUCUUUAACCUUUAACCUCCACCAACGUCGUGCCAAAUCCAGAACCAGUUUCACGUAUUUCCACCUCCCUAAAAAUGUACUGGUACUAGUAAGCAUGGCACCACAAACUGAUGAUGCCUUGCUGCCUCCAGUUCUUCCAGGAAGUGAGGAUGAUGAGACGUUCCCGAACAGCUCAGCUGUGUCCCGGGUCUGCAACGGGGUCUCCUCCUGGUUGGACGUGCCCAGAAAACAUCACCGAAGAGGAGACGACCUGAACCUCGUCAUCACAGACGCAAGAGCUCUGCUGCUUUGAUGGGAUGCUUUUGGUCACCAACCAAAGCUGGUGUCAUAGCUGAGAGUAAGGACAUACCUUCACCACCACAAGCUGCUGCAGCUCCAUCUGUCAAUCUGGAAACAACUCGGAGCAUUCGGUGCUCAAAGGCACAAAGGUAGAACGGGUGGACGACCUGGAAGGUGCUCUUUAACACAUUCUGAUGGAUAUGACACGGCGAGGACGCCGUCGAUGUACGGACAGAAACAUCGUGAGCGUGCAGCGGCUGUUUGACAUCAUUGAGCCUGAGUCAGUGGUCAGAAGGCAGCACUUACAUGCAUUCUGCACAAAUUUGAAGCUCCACAUCUUCACUAAUGUCUCAGCGUCGGUUUGGAUCUCGUGCCUUCUGACAGUAUUUAGCUUCACGCCACAUCAGUGUUAAAACAAGAAGAGACAGCCCAGAUGCCGGUGCGCAGAGUGGGAAGGCUUUUAUGUUCAAAUGCGUCAAACCUGUUUCCACUUGAACCCCACUGCCAUGUCUGUUGCCCUCAAGUGCCUUUCUCUGUUUAUUAUUUUCUCCCUUUUCCCUUUUUUCAUUCCCAAACCUGUGAAGUGACGCCGUUGUCGCUCUGGCAGGAGAUGUGUGGAAACACACUGCUGGUGUUAUGCAGCGAAAGUGCCUGAGUCAGUUUGGAGAAAUGUGACAAAAAUUGCCUUUCAUAAGCAGGAAAAUUGGUCAUAUUAACUUUGGUGAUUUGCGUAAUAACAUGCCACAUGUCAUCAGCGCCGGGUGGUGGUGUGUACUCUCACACAGUGUGGCUGGUAGUCAUACCUCAGCCUGGCACAGGACUGUUACAUCACAACAGGAAGGCUCCGUGUCCAGUGUGGCUCCUGUAGGAGUCGCACCCGUUCUGGGAGGGAACCAAACAGGUCUGAGCUUCACCAACUGAAGAGGACUGAAUGUUAAACACUGGAUUAUUCAUCAUGCAAAAUGUGAACUGUAAGCAGACAGCCCUGUAAAAUAAAACCUGCACUACCUGUGUCGUGUAUAUUGUGUAUAUACAGAACACUUUAUACAGUAUGUAAAGUUAAAUAAACAAGUUACAGAGUAA